GCCGGCCAUUUUGAAGGACGCCAGCGAGCCUUCACAUGCGCUGGAUUUCCAAACCGGCGUACAUUCAAUGAACAGCUACCUACGCAGCUCGCUGGACCGACCGGCAUCGAGAUGAUGCUCCUCGCGAUCACUGCCAGUGACCGCAGGGAACGCCGAACCGGCCGCGACCAUGACUUCCCCGAAUUCUAGUAGUAUACACUCCCCGCGUGUCGUGCCGGCCCAUGUUUCCUAUUUCGCCAUAUACAACCCGUCGCUCGGACCGACCGACGAGACCGUUCGCGACCAGAUCGUGUUUUACUACUCGGCCAAGUCUGAGGGAGAGGUUGAGCGUCGUAGGAGAGAAAGAGUCACAAGCAGCAAGCAACAAAGUCCGGAGGGCAAAGACUCAGGGCCGCCCAGUCGGGAUACCAAAGAUGACAAAGAAGCCGAAGAGAACGAACGGCUACGGCAGAUAGGCCUGGCACAGGGCAUGGUGGAUUUUGUCAACAAUUUUUCAAAUGGCGUACCUCUGGAGGUAAUCGAAACGGAAAAGUCCCGGGUGGUAUUGAAGGAGAUCGAACCUCAAUGGUGGAUACUUGCUUCUAUCAGUCUCACGAAGCUGCCUGCGGCCAGCGCCAGCAGCACAUCCUCAGGGACCAGAAAGGCCAGUAAUUUGGGAAAAACCCCUCACGCUGCGACAGCUCCCUCAGCAGAGGAAGUUGAGUACUCGUCGCGGGAGGUGGCGCCGGCACAAUUGCUGCUCGCACAACUGUCACAAGCGUAUCAGGUGUUUCUGCUGCACCACGCCUCCAGUCUGGGGGAGCUCUGGAAGAAACAUGAAAACAAGAGGGAUCUGUUUUGUGGUCUAUUGAACAGGUACUGGACCCAGUUCAUUGCGAACUGGGACGUCCUACUUCACGGCAACCCUGCUGUUGAGCUCUACGAUGCUGUCAAGCUUGCCGUAGGAGGCGAACUGGGCAUUGGCGUCGGAGAGGAAGAGUGGGGCAGUGGUGAGCGAGAGGUGCUGGAGGACUUCGCCAACAGAACCGAAGGUCUCCUGGAUCUCAUCGUGGGCAGGUACGGGGAUGCGCCUCUUUCCCCAGCGGACGGAAAAUCUCAGGUCAAUGAACGUUCCACCCAGUCCGUGAAGAGUUCAGGCUCAGAUCCGGAGCCCUGGCUAGGCAACGGUGAAGACCCGCGGGCCGAAGAUGGAAUAAUAUUUUCUGGUGUCGGUGGCAUCUCCAGACGGUCACUUAUCACCGUCUCCCAAUGGAUGGCUAAUAUCUAUGUACACGGGGAAUCCGCUUAUGGUGUAGGCGAGAACCCGGCAUCCCGACCCCGACAUCGCAGAAACAGGCGACACCCUACACGGCGGGAGAGAACUGAUGCAACGACUGGUCGCACGCAGUACCAACCGCUUGAAGAGGUACAUCCAAGGGUUAGGUCGCCCAAAUCUCGAGCGCCGGAUCUGCGACGCAAGGCGAUUGAGAACAAUGCAACACCGCCGGGCAUCCCUGCCCCAAUCGUGAGCGCCGUGGAGCGGUCUCUUGAGGCCGCAACGACCAAAGCGGAUUCCAACAUUGCAGACAAAAAGGGCGAAGGUGGAGAACCAGACAAUAACGGGCGCGACCAAAGUGAACAACAGGGCUCUGCUUUGUUUGGAACAGAGAAGGUGAUGAAAUAUCUUAGCCUCGGGUACGGUUCCAGCUGGACGUUGAAUCCGAAAGGAUUCGGUGGUCCGAACAAGUCAACCCCCAACGGGAAUGUGAAUACGAAUACCACAGAGUCGCAACAGCCGGGAGACAAGAGAGAACAGAACACAUCAGCUGAAGAACCACAACCACUCCAGGAGCUUGAUCCCACCCCCAACGUCAGUGAUGCGGAAGAAACGCAACCGCAGACGCCCUUUGUUCAACGGCUUGAACAGUCGAUUGGCAAGUUCUUGAUUGGUCUGUCUGGAGACUUGGAAAAUACCGAGUUUGAGAACGAGUCGGACGGCGAAGCCACAACAGACACGAAAGCAAAAGGAUCAUUACGGGCUGAGUCACCGACUCCAAGCACUUCCAGCCGUAUCUUCCUACGGACAUUGACCAUCGAGAUGUCAUCAUCGCGCUUUUCCAAUACCAAUCGAUCAGCAGCCUCGCAAAACACACGGAGAAGCUCUGUAGACGACAGCGCCAGUUCGACACCAGCCAAAACCAGUGCUGCAGCCUCGGUGGACGGGUCGCGGCCGAAUGUGACGCACGAAAAGGUCCAGGUGGCUGUAUACGUUCACCAACCGUUUAUUUUUGUUUUUCUCUUUCAGCUGCACACUCCGAAUCUGACCAUGCCGGGAUUCUAUCGGUCUAUUCAUCACAUUCUGGGGCCGUUGCAGAAGAGUCUGUUGAGGAAUACAGAUCCGCAACGGUGGAGAGAGCGUGUGCAAACAGCACUUGUGCCGGAUCCAGACCCCGAUGACGAAGAUGUUGUCAGAAGUAUGAAGGGCUACUACAUGGACCUGUAUGACUUGGUUUAUGAUCCUAGCAAAUUGACGGUUCGGACAUCGAUUCCCAAUAUUCCUCUUCCAGGAAGUCUUGCGGCUGAAGGACUUCAUCGAACGUUUUCGUCUCCUACGAAACCUGUCACGGUCUCGGGAUCUUGGUAUACGCUUGGAAUAGCUAUUGGGGGGCUGUCAUCUUCUUCUUCUGUGGAGUCGGUAUCGGGCUCUGGUUCGGGCUCUGGAAUGCUCAUGAGAAGUAAUUGGACCAGAGUCGAAGCUCUGAACGUCCAUACUCAUAUUCUUAAUAUUUGGGCGGGCACAAGACCGAAAAGGCCUGAUGGUGAUUCAGGUCGGCCUGGAACUCAGGAGCUCGAGAGGACGGUUAAGACGGCCCGCGGGUGGUGGGUUGUAUGGAUGAAGGUACCGGUAAGCCGGGUGGUGUCUGCCGAUCAUGAUGCUAGGAGUGAUGAAGUGAGUGAAAUCAGACAAGAGUUGAGGGAAGCAAUACUGGUCAGGAGAUCUCUUCAAGACAACAACCGAGCCGUCAGUGGCAAGGACUUGUCUUCUAGCGUCCCAGGGUUGGGGUUUGGAGGUGUCGGUGCUGCUGGAAAAUGGCUCCUCCGGGAUCAACCGCGCAGUCGAGAUGUCAGUGGUUCCUCUGGGUCUGGAGCUGGAGCGACAGCGACGACUACUAAUGCAAAGGGUGUGAGUGAGGGUGUGGGAGUAGACGCGAGAAAAUGGGUUGAGGGGCUGGUUAGGCUGACCAUGUGACGGAGGGAGGAAUCGUAGUGGGCGCGGGAAUGGGUGGGAGCACCAGACAGAUACAUAGCUUCGACUGUACAGUGAGUGGUACAGUUUACCCGAUUGACGUCCGUCUUUGGGGAGAAAAAGACAAAUGCGACAUGCCAUAUUGAUUCGUGUUCCGCCUGCUACUGGAGUAUGAAGUUAUUCAUUGACAAGCGUGAGA